AUGAAGACACUUUUGCUGCAACUGCUCUUUGUGGCUUCCUUUGUCAUAGUCCAUGGUGGCCAUAUCCAGAAAGUAGUAGGAGUGAAGGAUGCGAGUGGCCAAUGUAUUUGUAACGUACAGCUGGCACAUGUUUCCUUCCCUGUGAGUAAAGUGCAACAAUUGGAGGGCGACUACUACAACCUGACUGAUCAUUUACAGAAUGUACUGAACCAGAUUUAUACCUACCAUUGGGUGGUGAAUGAUGGGAGAGCAAACCUGACAGAGCUGGACAAACGUGUAAGACGUGCAAAGGACUACGGUGCCAAUAUUAAACUGGAAUUUAACAGACUCAUAGAGGAGGUUUACACACUGGUGUCUUUGGCCAAAAAUAUAAGCCAGAACACAACCACUGACGAAAAUAAAGUUGUGAUCGGCCGCUUGAUUAAGGAGAUCAAUGGCAUAGCUAGCACAAUAAUUGCGAUGAAAGACCGUGACAGAGAUAACGUAAUCACAGUACAGCGUGAGGUCGAUACUCUCCGGAAAAAACUCAUAGAAUGCGAGGAAGCUCUUGCCAUUGUUCCAUCAACAGUGGCAAACAAAACUAGUUUUGGUACGUGUCGACACAAUGGACUACAAAGUGUUAGUUCACCGGUUCUGGUGAAAUUGAACUGGAAAGGGGCAGAUUUCAAAACUGGAUCCUGGGGGAAAGAUUUUGCCUUGGGCAGCAAAUUUAAGGAUCAUUUUUGGGUUUAUCCAAUGAACAAAGAUGAGCGUACACUGGAGACUUACCGUCUAUACUCUUCGUUCAAAAAACUGCUGCUUUACUCUCCCAUCCAGGAACAUAGCCAUAACGUCAAUUCUGAAGGCACCUGUGAGAACUGUGGUCAAGGGGGUGGGGUGGUUUUCUACAAUGGUUCAUUUUUUUACAACUGUUAUGAUAGCAGAGCCCUGUGCAGGGAAGAUCCGUUUACCAUGAAGGUCUCAAGGAUGGAAUUAGAUGACCAGGACCCUGCUUCCUUCAAUAACUGGUACUCCUAUAAGGACGCCAAAUAUCAGGACAUGGACAUGGCAGGAGAUGAAAAGGGCCUGUGGAUGAUUCAUAGCUCUACAACAGCCAAUGGGAAUGUACUAAUUAGGAAAGUAAACCCUAACACCUUGAAAGUAGGAACACCUUGGAUUACCACACAGCCAAAGAAUAAGCUGACAAAUACUUUCAUGAUCUGUGGAGUCUUGUAUGCCACCAAGAGAGUGAAUUCGACACACGAGCAAAUAUAUUACUAUUAUGACACUAACACAGCCCGGGAAGGCAAUAUAGAAAUCUCCAUGGAGAAAUUUAUGCCUACUGUGCAGAGCUUGAAUUACAGUCCCAAUGACGAGAAGCUCUACAUGUUCAAUGAAGGCUACUUGGUUUAUUACAACACCACAUUCAAAAAUCAUAUUCAAGGAGAAAGCAGAGGAGGAAGGUUUUUUGCUACUGAUCAUGACAGUGAGAGAGUGCAGGGUCUGGUGAGGAAAGGAGCACAGGCUGCUGCUGUCCACAAAGGCGGGAGUUCAGUGAGCACCACGGAGCUGGAUUUGUUGAGCAAAAAAGGACGUGAUGCCAAGCUGGAGGAAGGACAGGUUGCUGUUAGCGAAGUAAGGCAAGAAGCCAUGAGGAAGGGCAACCAGCUUGUUGCUACUGAACAAGGCCGAAGUGUGACUCAGGAAAGGCUGGCUGAAGGGAGCAAAGAUUAA